AUGGAUGACCUCAAAGAACCACGCUUAAAGAGCUCAAAGCUUUUUGAUUACAAAUGUUCGGACAUUUUAGGCAUACACAAAUUCUUCACUGAAGAGUCAGCAUCCAACGAAGAAACAGAACUAAAUUUUGAACAAAUCCAAGAGCUUUUCUUGGCCAAUUUGGACCAUAUUAGUAACCAAAGGAGUGUUUGCGCUCCUAUUCGUGCAUUUUGUUUAAGUUACAUUGGAUGGAUGCAGGAAUGCGCAAUAUUAGGGAACCAUUUGAGGCAAAAACGCAAGCAUAAAGAAAUUGCUGAGACACGAGCUCAGACUCCCCCGAUUCAGUCUCCACCGAUUCAAUCUCCACGAUCUCAGGCGCCAAUAACACCAAAUAAAAGGAUGAUAGAACAUGAGAAACUAGUAGGAAAUGAUUUGGUAGAUGAGAUAUCCUCAUAUAAAAGUCGAAUACCAUCCGUUUGGACAAAAGGUUUAGAGGAAUACUUUGAGAAUGCGUUAGAUUUAGCAAUACAAGAAGAAAUAGAGGGAGGUGAAGAAAACGAAAACAAAUUUAGAUUAUAUUGUGAAAAAGUAUUAAUGGAAUUGUAA